AGGAGUUGAAGAUGUGUAAACACUUCAAGAGUCUGCUGAACAUCUUGAGGCUGCUGGAGAUCAUACUGUGUACGUUAGCCUUGGUCAUCCCUAUGUUUAGGGGUAGGAUGGUGAACCCAUACGGCAUCUACUGCGAGUUCAUCUGGGUCUUCUGUGUCAUUAUGGCUGUGGUCCUACUGGUGUCCGAGAUCAUGCUAUUGCACAUCCUCCUGCCCAACUGGGACGACCUUGUUUGCGGUCUGACCAUGCUGUGCACGCUCAUGGUCGCCGCCGCCACGCUCAUUUUCGCCAUCGUCUUUGGCUGCCUGUCGUGUAUCAGCAGUGUCUUCUGCAUCAUCUUCUCAUUGGCCGCUACCGUGGUCUUCCUGGUAGACAGCGUCAAGAGAAAAAUGAAGUGUCCAAAGGGCUAUCUAUCAAACCUAAGGGGUAUUCUGAGAUUCACAGAGGCCGUCCUGGCUUGCAUCAUCCUCGCCGGCGCCACCAACUACUUCCUGGGUGUGGAAGGCGAAUUCCGCCCACCAGCCAUGUUGUGGUGCAUUGUAGUCUAUGUAGUCUGUCUCCCUGUGACCGUUCUCAUCAUACCCAUCCGUCUGUGCAGUCUACUUGAAUGCCUCAUCUCCUGUAUUGGGAUGGAUCUGUUGGAGUUGGUGUUUAACAUAGUGGCUGUGGUGUUGUACCUGUCUGCUGUCAUCCUCUGGCCUGUCUUUGGUUACAAGCACUACCGUGAGUACAAUCCACCAAACUGUGACUACUGUCGCCAUAACGACCUGGAUGUGGUAACUGUGGGGACCAUUGCCAAUCUCACCCUCUACGUCGUGGACUUGGUUUUCACCAUCUUGGCUCGACUGAAAUCCUAACAAUCUUGCUAAGUUAAUAGCUUCUAGAGGUGUACCUGGGUGGCAUUGACAUCCUGGCCGUGCUUCUGUACACCUCCGCUGCGACCUUGCCUUCAGCUUCCAGAACGGCUUUCCAUCUGCCAUAACUGCACAUGGGACAAUCUGGUGGUUGUAGCGUAUGUCAAUCUUUUACGUUGUGGAUUUGAUUUAUUCCCUGUGUUAAUAUGCAUAGGUGAAAAAGAUACCCAUGUAUAACUGUCAUGAGGUGGAAAAGGUUAGUUUGGAUCUGGGUUGAUCAGGAAGAGUGAAGUAGAGGCAGGCAACAGUUUCAACAAAUAACAUAUUUAAUAGGGCAUGGCUUUCUGAUGGUUACACCGCACAAUGUUCUGUUCCAUAGUUUUUGUUUAGCCAAUGCAAAUAGAUUAAAAGUUCAAAAUGACAUACAAAUACCAGAAAGAACCAAACCAAACAGAAAUGGGCACUGGAAGUGGUGCAGCCCAGGAGGCAGGUGCCCAGGUGCUCCUUUUUUGGCACAGUUGCUUCUCAAAGAGUUGAUCUCACCAAACGGAUGCGCUCUCUCUCACUCAGCCAACAAAGGGCUCCACCAUGACUCCAGACUGCAUGACUUCCUGUGGGCGGCCACCCCUUAAACAGGGGUUAAAUAGAAUUCAGAAGAACACUUACUUAAUCCAACGUCCAAUUAAAUGUCUGGGAGAGUUAAUGAGUCAAUCAGUCCCACCUGUGACAUACCAUUUAUACAUGUUAGCCAUUUCCAUGGCAACAGGGCCUUCAUACUGCAAGUAAUUAUAUUUAUAUGGAAUGCAACAGCAUUACAUGGCCAACAUUCACAACUACUGUAUAUGAUAAAGGAUUUUGAAGUACCACAACCACAUCUCUUUUCAUUACGUUAAAUAUGUUUGUGUGUGAGUUGCAGCACUGGCCUACUGUCCUUUUACCACUUGAAUUCUCAGGGGCACUUUAUUUAGAUUGACGACAGACUAUCUGUAGAGUCUCUAUCUACUAAACCUAGCCCUUAUCCUAACCUCAACCCUUAACCAGACCCCUAACCCUUGUGCUCACCUAACCAUAACCUUAGCAAGCAGUUGCUUAUCAACAGAUAGUUUGUUGAUAAUAUGACCAUCCUUAGUCCGAAUAGUCAGUCUGUAGAUACUCUAUCUAAAUAAAGUGUGACCGUAUUCCCAUUGGUCUAGAACAGUAAUAGUGCAGAACCUAUGCACAAGUACUGUAUCAUUUAUUGGACUCACUCACGACUUCACCUGUUGGGAUUAGUACUCUUCUGAUUGUUGGAGAUGCCACCAAGACAGAGGAACUCUAGUCCACCGGCUAUGGGCUUGCACAUUCAACAGUUCUGGACUGGUGUUCAUGAGGUACUAACUAGAGAAAGUAGCACAAUGUACAAUCCCUUUCAGUCCUAGUUAAUACUCUAAGACCCCUCUAAACUAAAACACGUACAUUAUUACACUGGGAAUUGAAUACAAAGUGCCUCACUCUGUGCCCGAAAACUCAAUCUACAAAUGCGAAAGUGAUAGUACCUCCCACAACGCAGGAGUGGCACCUGAUCCCGGGGAAGACUGCUGACCUUGAAUGACCCUCUUAUAGACUAAUCCACCACAUUGAAAAGUUCCUAUUAAGAUGGGUGGCCUACCUUGACACUUUAUCAACCCCACCAGUCACCCUUGAUACCUACUGCCCUUUGAUCUGUUCACAACCCCCCCCCCCCAUCAACCAUAUUUGAUUAUUUUGUUAUUAUAUCUGUAUUAUUGUAUGUUGUCUAUGAAAUUCUCAUGUUUUUUCAUUUUCUUUGUCUGUAGGCUAGGGCUUUUUUAUUUUGUUAAGUGUAGUGGCGUGUGUUAUGUUAUUCCUUGUUUAUGGAAAAAAUAAAA